AUGUCGGAUCCUCAGGUUCAGCCCGAGCCCCGCCGUCGGCGCAAACCCUCCAUCUCGGAGCGAUUUCAACGGGUCUUGCAUGGGGAUCGCGCUGAAAAGAGGCGACAGAGUUACUCUCCAGGAGAUGAUGCUCAAGGACUUGAGAGCAACCACCAAUCGGCGCCGUCUGCGACAACCGCUCAGGCACUGACGCAGCCUGAGCUUCAGCCCAAGAGAGGCGAGCUUCCAAGUCAGAGAGACAGUUCUGCUCAUACGAACUUUGGCGUCAGUGAUACGCUACUGGGAGAUUCCUAUUCCAGCACACAGACGUAUUCGCCGCGGACGUCUCAAUUGCCAUCAGUAAGCACGCCCCAGUCAAGUCUCUCCGUGCCAGCAGCGUCUUUACAGGACGAGCAGACCUCGACUCCACGACCUGUGUCUAUUACCGACAAUUGUCUGCCUCGAGAGCAAGAACAUGAAAAAGCAACAGAAAAAGCAAAAGAAAAAGAGGAGAUAUGCUCAUCACCAACAUGGAAAAAGACGUCGCGAAAGGAGAGACGCGCCACCAAGCGACUGGAAGCCGAGCGAAAGGAGUUGGAAAAGCGACUGCGCAAAUUGGAAGAGUCGCAAGCCAAACACGAGAAAAAAGAGCAGGAGCGUAAAUCUCGUCGGUUGACCAAAAAGCAACCCAUCCAAAGUGGGAAGAGGUCCACGAGUACCGAGUCCGAUAGGCCGCGAUCCUCAAGAUCGUUCACCUCGUUCUUCUCUUCGUCGCGUCGUUCAUCCCGCUCACGAGCAAACUCGGAAAAUGGACAUCAAUCGACCGACGACGAGGGCGCUGGACCCCGGGGACCGCCCACCCUCCCACUUGCGCUGCCGGAGCGCUUUGGAACGGCUGUCUCACGCGAGCUGGCCUCGAGACAUGGCACGUCCUUGAUGACCAGUCAUCAGCUGUCUCGAUCCUCACAUCUUCUACACCACUCGGCCACCAAGUCUGAUGAUUUGCGGGAGAAUUGGAGGAUGGCAGAGGCCUGGCAGCGACAGAAUCACGAUUUUGCAAGCGAAGAGUUGGCGAGUGCGCGUCCGCGUUCCGCCAUCGAACAAUCGGCCUUGCGAAACCGUGCGGUACCGAAAUACAUGAGUCAACCGAGCUCAAACAUUGGCUUGUCCACUAAUGUCUGGGCGGAACUGGAUCGCAUGCGAUUCACGGCGACUCUCAGACAGGAUAUCAAGCCCGAGGAGCCUUCCCCCCGUGAUAUCCCAUCUUCUCUGCGGCCGGCCUUGCCGGUGAAUACGCAGAGCUCCAGCUCGCUGCAGUCAACUGGAGCUCGCGGAAAUCCGGGUAAUUCGACACGCAUGAUCUACAACUCCGGACAUGGACAGGCCAAAGGAGGAUCGCAGACAAAAGUGUACUCUUACAUUCCUCUUGGUCAAGAUGGAAAACACAGCAAACCUAUGAUGCAAAAGCAUGACUCUGAAGGCAGUCUUCAGCCGCAACAAAAGGGUUACAAAUCGUCACCACUAGCUAUGAAUCCACUCACGACGGGACAUGAAGAAGACGGAAAGGCAGAGGAGAUGCGCAAGUCACUCAAGGCUUCGAUAGGUCAAAAGCAAUCCUACGAGCUCAUCCCGCAACCACUGCGCAUCAGCUCCGAAGGCUCUCGCAGUCACAACCGUCAGGUGUCAAGUCCUGCAUUCACGGCUUGGCGGGGAGAUCAAUCACCAUCGCGGUCUCGCGCAGACCGUCAGACGACACUGGCUAUUUCAGCACCUUCCACGGGCCUGGCAGAAGUAUCUUCUGGGGUAAUCAGUGGCCAAAGGCAGGAUCACAUCUCGCAUCUACAAGACGUUAACAAGAGACGUCCUGCGUCUGCUCAGUCGACACCCCCCUCACCUAUACAGGUACCACUCAAGCAUCCAGGACGCAAGUACGCGCUUGCAGAGAACUCUCCGUAUGGCCGACUCAGUCUCGAUAGCAAAGUGUCAGCUAUGACUGCUCCGGAGGAGGUACCGGCGGCUACUCACUCAGAGCAGGCAGUGUCUCACGCAGGUCAUUCGCUGGCUGAAACGUCUGCUAGUAAAUCCACGCCUAACGUGCUUGGCAACCAUCGCUUCAGUCGAGCAUCAUCGGAGGGAUCAAGUUAUGAUACGGCAGAUGAACAGGUCCUCGACGUGUCGAUGUCUCCUGUAUCUCAAGGAGAUCAUCAACUGAUCUCGGCGGCAAAGGCAGAGUCUGCUGAAGUGAUUUGCAAUCUAAACCAUGAUGACAUUGACAGCAAUGCUUUCGCCUUACCCAAUUCAUCCACCACGGAGCAGAUCGGUCGCCGAACAAAACUCAGAAGCAAAGACAUUUCCUUGCAAGACCCCAGUCUAAGGUCAACAUCACCAUCACCACCACAUCCAUCAAACCCGACUGUCCACCUUCUCCCUCCCCCUCCUCCUCCGCUGUCCCGCAACGGCUUCAUCACCAAACUCCGCCGCACCUCUCUCUCCCAAUCAAAUCAAUCCCACCCCACCAUCUAUAUCAAAGACCAACUCGUCGCCAAACUCUUCGUCAUCUGCUGCGGUUGUAAUCAUUGGCACGAUCUUCCUGCUGAACUCUACGCCCAACUCACCUGUCCGGAACGAUUCCACAUUGUUGAACAUCCCGAACCUAGAUCACAAACCCAAUCCCAAUCUCAAGCCCAGACUUACUCCCGACCUGCCCCCUCACUACCUCACUCACCAUCCCAACAUAACGUCUCGAAUCGACGCACAUUGGUGAAAACCCCCAAUACAAGAAAACACCCGACACUAGCAUUCACACCAGCGCCAAACGAUACCACUUCAAAUCCCAAAGACAAACCAGACUCCAAGGGUCAAUCCAAAACCACAGAGAACAACAAGAAUAUCCACACCCACACCAACAAAACACCUUCCCACAGCCCCGUCUUCGGAGCACUGACCUGUCCCUGGUGCGGCCAUGAACUGAAAACAUCAUGUUGUCAGGGCUGGACAACCGUCGUCCAGAUGCAGCAUAAACAUCAUUGA